AUGAUACAGGUCUCUUUCAUAUCAACAGAUAAGCAAGGAUCCAGCAACAAAAAUGUAAAGAAAUCAGAGAAGGCCGAAAGACCAUCAAAGAGGAUCAAGAGGAACCUGAAUGCAGGGGCAGAAGACAGUGAAAAGAGAUACCGAGCAACCUUUGAUAAGUCCCAGAUUUACCAGAUGGAAAGAGUAUUUCUUCUUAAUCACUACCCCGAUGUGGCUGCCAGAUCUGACCUUUCGAAAAGCACGGGCUUAUCAGAAGCCCAAGUUCAGGUCAGGAGAAAUUUUUGUUGGUCUUAAAUGCGAUAUCUUUAACUUUGCCUUCAAGUGACGCGGGGUGAUUAAGUGUCUUGCUGAAAAGCUGUUUGAAAAUGAUGUGACCCGAAUUUGCUCUAAGGACACCCAGAAGCAAUAUGAAUUUAUUGAUAUCUUUCGGGGUAGAAAAUUCAAUUACCUAAUACGGGGUAUGAGUAAGUGCUGUGAGUCUCAAGACACACUCAGACCUGACACGGAAUUUUACACGUUUGACGAGAAGUCUACCAACUUGAACCCCUGCUUAGGUUUUGAAUUUACUCUUUUAUAGACUUUGUCAAGACAUUCAAGCUUUUUAUCUAAACCUCGACUUUAAUUAUUUGACCAACGCCUACAGACCGACAAUCCCACAUUUUGUGUUUCCCCGGUCAAUCACUGAAUCUUCGUUUUGUUUAAAAACAGAUCUGGUUCCAGAACAGAAGAGCGAAAUGGCGUAAGCAACAGCGAAAGCGCCGUCACGAUGUUCCAACAAUCUUCGGCUUGGGAUACCCUAGUCAUCUAGCGCGUUACUGCGGCGGAUUCGAACCUUACAGCCUAUUCCCGUACGAGUAUUACAACACCGACUUCUGGACAUGCGCACGGCAGCAAGUAGCAGCUCUUCACUUUGCCUCGCUUCCAAGCACAGUCACACCACUAGCGCCCAGUCCUAACGGUUCGUGCUCACCAAAGUCCACCGACUCAGCAACGUCAGGCCCAGAGGAGGUUAAAAAUGAAGCUGAGAAUUUGGAAAUUCGAAACGAUUCAAGUCUUCUUUCGCUGCGGCUUAAAGCCAAAGAGCAUGUUGCAGCAAUGGAGGUUUCACCUUAG